AUGGAGGACCCACAAAAAUCUUUUUUUAUCGGAGAAGAUGGAUCGGUCAACAUUCUCAGAAUACUACUACCAGAAGAAGAUACCUAUAAUCCUGGAGAAACCACUACUGUUGCUCCCGCCAAAUCCGCCAUGACAAUAGGCGGUGGCAGCGUUUGCGUUGUCUAUCAUUCUUUUGAUUCUUUCAAAGGUAAUUGUUGGGAUGCAUGGUGGGUAUCACCGGAUGGUCAUCUCAGUCACGUUCAAUGUCUCGGCGCGCCUCAGACUUCUCCAAAGACUUGGGGUCGAACAAAAGUUUGGCAUGAUGACGACAGUGUGUCUGCUUUGACGGUACAAAGUCUUAAGGUGUAUGUAUAUGGAAGCGAACCUGAAGAUAACAGCGACUUUAUAAUGUGGUUUGUUGCAAAGCAUGGCACCGGCCAAAAGGGUACUUUAUACCAGACUAGUAGGGUUGCCGGCGAGGUUUCGACGGCUGAAGUGCAACAAGACGACUCGGAAUGCUUUGUUGCCCCUGGUUCGGGUAUUUCAUCUGAGAGGUCAGAUAACGGACCUAUAGUGGCUUGGAUCACAGCCGAUGGAGCGGUUAUGACUCUUCUGCAAGAUUUUAAAGUUGAGAAUGAUCCAGUCUUCAACCAAAUUGCACCACCUGGAAGUGCUGCUUUGGAAUCUACCGUUCGUCUCAAUGGACCAUACAUAUGGUGGUUUGGACCAAAUUACGAGUUAAUAGGGGCGUACAGCUCCAAUCGCUUCCAGAAGGAUGUCGAAUGGAAAGAUGUAACUUGGAGUACCUGGGAAGUUCUGCCUGCUGGAGUAGGAAGAAAAGGGAAAGAUUCUAUUGCUAGCAGUGAAUAUCCCGGAGCGGUUUGGUUCGCUGGCGCGGAUGACCUCCCGCAUAGUAUUUUCUUGGACGAUUCGAACCAGGAUGACAUGUGGGAGUAG